AUGACAGACCAUGCACGCUGGAAAGCAACCGUCUAUGUAGGAGGUUUGGCUAAAGCCGUUACCGCUGCAGACUUGCACGCUGCUUUUUUGCCAUUUGGAGAAAUUGCAGAUGUCUCCAUACCCACAUCAGAAACUCCAAAUCCCGCUGAACCUCAUCGGGGAUUUGGAUAUGUAGAGUAUGAGGAUGCAGAAGACACCUGCGAUGCUAUUGAUAACAUGGACCAAUCUGAAUUUUUCGGAAAAGUUAUCAAAGUUAAUGCAGCUAAACCGCCCAAGAAUGUUAAUGAAGGCCUGGGAAGCAAGAUUGCACUAUGGGAGCAGGAGGGAUGGCUUGCAGAGAACUACGUUGCUGAAGAUGAUAAACGUGUUGCUGGAAAUUCAAAUUUAGGACUAGGAAAUGCAGAGGACCCUAUGCAGACUCUAGAGAAGUUAGACUUUGCUGGUCCAAAACCUGCUGUAUAA